AGAAGUUGUCAGUAUUCGAAAUGGACGUGGGCGAUGUGCCAAAUGGUAUUAUUGCUGUCACGGGGCAUCGCUACAUGGACUGAUACGACGUUGCUUGCUUGAUAUGAAUAAAUGUUCACAAUACAUUUUGAACAUGAUUCUAGAAUUAUAACCAUUAGCUUGUUUAUAUAUAUAUAUGCAUCGCUCGUUGAAUUACAAUAUUUCGCACCUUUGUAUUCUUAUGCUUAUUUAACAUAUCUUUUGACCUCCAGCGUGUAUGCGAUUUUCAUUUUGCAGUUUAGAGGUUCCAACUCGGUACUUUGGCCGCUGUUAUGAAAUCCUACCUAGCUGACUCGCUCUGUCCAGGAGCAGGCGACAACUAUUAACGAGCGUGAGCCGCCGAUACGAAACAAAUGUCCGAUACCUC